GUGACGCGUGGGAUCCCAAACAAAGUAAUUAAAUACCACUUUCUUGAUUUAUGACGUCACCAAAAUACAUUAUAGUAAUGGGAUUACAAGAAUUCAAUAUUUUUCUUUACUUAAGAAGAUUUUUCCCUCUUAUUUCUAUCACUGUAUCUCAUUCAAAUACACCCCCUCUUCUCUCUCUCUCUCUCUCUCUCUCUCUCUCUCUCUCUCUCUCUUAAUGCAACGGUGGGUUUAUUAGGAAAAAAAUAAAAAUGGCUGAUCAGGAUAAACCCUCUGAGCUUUCUCUCUCUACAUUUUAUUACAUGAACGGCGGCGAUGAUUUGAAUACCCAGCAGAAUUCUCCGGCGCCGAUUGAUGAGAAGCUUCUGAUUGAUGCUGACCAGCUUGCUAUUGGCCCGAUGAUCAGUGAGGGCCACUAUUCCAUUGUCUAUCAAGGAUUGUACGGGUCGCUACCUGUGGCUGUAAAAAUGAUACAACCAGACAUGUCAACAAGUGUCAGUCCAGAACUCGAGGAAAAAUUCUGUAGGGAGGUUUCGAUGCUUUCUCGAGUAAAUCACGAGAAUAUAGUAAAGUUAAUUGGAGCUACGAUCGAACCGAAUAUGAUGAUAGUCACAGAGUACAUGCAAGGUGGCACACUACAAAAGUUUAUGUGGGGCCUACGUCCGAAUUGCCCCGAUUUGAAGCUUUGCAUACGUUUUGCUUUAGAUAUUUCCCAAGCCAUGGAAUAUCUUCAUCAGAAUCGAAUUAUCCACCGCGAUUUAAAACCAAGCAAUCUACUUCUUACAGAAGAUAAAAAGAAAAUCAAGUUGGCCGAUUUUGGAUUGGCUAGAGAAGAAACUGACGAUGAAAUGACAACCGAGGCUGGGACCUACCGUUGGAUGGCUCCCGAGUUGUUUAGCGUCGAAGCUCUUCGUUUGGGUGUAAAGAAGCAUUACGAUCAUAAAGUCGAUGUUUAUAGUUUCUCGAUGGUUUUGUGGGAGCUGAUCACAAACCGAACCCCUUUUAAGGGCAGGAACAACAUUAUGGUGGCUUAUGCUGCAGCAAUGAACCGAAGGCCUAGCAUAGAUUGCAUUCCGGCAAAUAUUGCACCGCUAUUAGAGUCUUGUUGGGCGGAGAAUCCAGAAAAUCGGCCGGAAUUUCAGCAAAUUACGCAGUUUCUGAAGAAAUAUCUUCAUAGCAUAUGCCAAGAGAAUAUUCUAGAAGCACCACCGAUUUUGUCGGAGGUGGAAUAUUCUAGAAGCAAAGAAGAGACGGAAGAUCCACCGGCUACGGAUUGCUUGAUGGAUGGGCCGAUGGAGAACGAGAAAAACUCGAAAAGCCUGUGUUUCAGGUUUGUCAAACGUUUCGGACAAUGUUUUUAAGAAUAUACAUGCAUAGAAUCUAUAUAAACAUAUAUAAAUAUAAUAUAUAAUAUAUAUACAAGGUGCUACUUUUUCCUUGUAAAUAGUUUUGUAAGCUAUGCUCAGUUUUGUAGUUCUUAUAGUGAAAAACAAAAUGCGUAGCUUUUGAAGAUCGUAGUUCCGUUUCGUUUUGGUCUCUCGUUUUCACUACAGACAUUGUACAGGAGAAGUGUUUAUAAUCGGCAUGUAGUGUGUGACUGUGUGUUAAAUAGAGAAAGAAAAUAUAGUUGCUGAUGCAAUGCUGUGAUUUAG